AUGAGCAAGAGAUUCAGCUUGAAGCUCGCAUUCGCGCUCUUCAGAAGCGUUCUGCUGCAGAUCAACUACACGGACUUCAAGCGGGUUGGUGCCAGUGUGCCAGAGAGGUGCCGACAGUUCUUCCAAGCCUCGACGUUUCUCUACUUCCAGAAGGAUGAACACAAGAGGAUAAAGAUUCACGCACUGUGCCAGUACAUCAUCGCCAACGCCUCUACGAUGGUGAUCAUGACGAACGACUCACGGAAGAUGUACCAACUACGCGACUACGUCUCGGCCUCUCCGCUGCUACGCAACGUGUAUGUGCUGACCAUAGUGCGAAAGUUCUUCUUCUUCCUCGACCCCCUUGGGACAGGGGCCAUCCGUAUUCGCACUCUCAUCAUGGACCCCAUGUUCAAGGAGCUUGACUUCUUGCGGAAGAGUGAGGGCAUGCUACCUGCCACGAGCUGGUUCCACCUCGACCACACCAAUCGCAUGUACAAGAAGUUUCGAAACCUCGACGCGGAUGGCAAUGGAAAGCUGGGCGAGGAUGACCUUAGAGGUUACGAUCCUCCGCUCACCAACAGCUUUAUCGCACAGCUUCUCACUACCAAAUCGACGGCCGAUGGUGAGCUUGACUUUCGAGAUUUCCUGAACCUUGAGCUUGCGGUGGCUAACCCAACCGCCCCGCGAAGCGUCCGAUACUUCUUCUCCAUCUUCGACCUGGAUCAGAAGGGCUACAUCAUAGAGCAUGAUUUGGCCUACUUCCUCAAGGAUGUACUCGAAGGAUUGGACGAAACCCUGGAGCUUGAGCCGGGUGAAGAGGAGUUCGGCUCGGGGAAGGUGUUUGCAGCGGACGUUAUGAACCAAAUCUUCGACUUGAUACGAUCUAAGCACCCACGAGUUAUUACGUUGGACGACCUCAUCACCAGCGGCGCCGCGCACAUCUUCACGAGCAUCCUUUCGAGCAGGGAUCUGUUCGACAACUGGGAGCACAACGAUGGCCUCCGGAUUAACUACCAUCUGCAACGCGGCCCGCCGUCGCCCCCGCUUCCGCCGCACCGCGUCCUCGCCUUCUACCAUCCCGAGGGCAGUUCCGCCGCCGAACGCUGGCCCGAACCCCCAGCACCCCCGGCGCUGGCUGUCGUCACCACCGACGCCUGA